AUGAUACCAAAAAAUAAAAUUUUCACUUUUUUGGCAGCUUUAUUUUUAAUCUGUCUUGUAUUCUCUCACGCUGCUCCCGUACCUGGUGAUUUCGCUACUGUCACAUUAGCAAUACUCGACGGUAAAAUUACAUUCACUCAAGUCGAAGACGGUAAUGUAAAAGUUGAGGGGAAAAUCAAUAAAGGCAUCGAAAAAAAUACACCUGAUGACUACUUUGUUCAAAUUGCAAUGCCAAAAGUAUCCUUCCCUCAAUUUGGAAUUAAAAAAAUAGAAGUACCUGGUACUGCUAGAUGGAAAACGGUUAGUCCUGGAGAAGUUAACCAGCUAAUUGGUUUAGAUUUAUUGAUUCUUCACAAGGAUGAAGUUCUUGAUUCUGGAACAAUCAUAAUACCACCUUAA